AUCCAAAAAAGAGGAUUUUAUGCUCAGAGUGAUUUUUUGUGGUUUCUUAAAUAUUCAUAAUGUAUUCAUAUUCAACUGCAAAUUUUAAGCAAACAAUUCUACAUUACCAUCAUAAUCAUGAAUUUGCUUGGAGAUUACGUGGCUACUCUACUCAUUUCUCCAUUAUCAAAAAACAAUGUUGCUGAAACGGAAAUGAAUCCGUUUUAUUCCAAAUACUUAAAACAGAGGACUAAAGUUAGCUCUUCAUUACAAGCAAAACCUUUAAUUAAUGAGCAUUUAAAGAAGCAAACUGAGGUGGGAAAAUGAUAAAAGUGAAGAUGAAUCUUAUCAUGGUAUCCGUGUUGCUGCUAUCAAAUACAGUCAGUGCAUCGUUUAAGAAAAAAAACUCAAAGGCUCAAUGUUCAGCAAGCUGUGGAAUUCCCGGGGUUCCAGGAGUUCCCGGUGUACCUGGAGCAGCCGGACGAGACGGUUUAAAAGGAAACGUAGGAUCUAAAGGAGAAAAAGGUGAACGAGGUAAUCCUGGUCCUCCGUUGAAAAAUGACAUGAGCUUUUCAAGCUGGAAACAAUGUGCUUGGAAAAGAAACGACGGUAAAGAUCAUGGAUUAAUUCAGAAUUGUUUAUUCACAAAAAAGUUUGACAACACUUCCCUUCAAGUGUUUUAUGGAGGAAACUUGCGAAUUCAUAAUUGCAAUCAUUGUUGCAAACGUUGGUAUUUUACUUUCAAUGGAGUUGAAUGUAAAAACCCUCUUCCUAUUGAUGGAGUUCUUUACAUGGAGAAAGGAAAGUCACAAAAUAUCCAUCGACAUCGUCACAUUGAAGGAUAUUGUAACAAAAUUCAUAGAGGAAAAGUGCAAGUUGGAUUCUGGGUUGGCAAUUGUGCAAGUUUUGGUAACGCAAAUGCAUACAGUGGAUGGAAUUCAGUUUCUCGUAUUGUUAUUAAAGAGGUUCCUCCUCCACAAGAUUAAUUCCUUUUGUAUGUUCUCAUCUUGUAAAGUCAGUAUUAAAUGAUUCCCGUUCUA